GGGGUCUGCAUCUUGUGGACGAAGUUUCAUGCCGGUAUCCGAUUUUGCACAACUCUUUCAAACUCUGAAACAAACAGCCCUGACUUUAUCACUGAUACGACUUCAUGUAAGCAUAACACCAAAAUUACUUACAUGGAGUAAUUAGAUUCACCAACAUUUGAAGAAGAACUGGUCAACAGAACCUGCAAAGCGUAUUGCUGUCUAUGUAUAUAGAACGAAUAACGAAUGAACAAGUUUGAUAUGUCCCAUCCAGUUUAACAACGGGUUAUCGUUGUAUCAAUGCGCGAUUGAGCGCGACUUUUGUAUUGAGACAUCAAAAUAAACGUCAACUUGCAGAUCAAUUCGUUCCUCAAUGAUACAAGACAAUAAAAUACCGGUACGAUUAAUAAUUGAAGCCAUUGAGACACUGUUUGAGCAAAGUCUGUGUGAAGAUUAGUGCUCACUAUUCCUUUGCUUGGAUUUCAAUCAAACUCGUCCAAAAUAUAAACUGUUCCUGCUGAUACUGAAAAUUUGAUGACCUUGGCGAUAAACUACAACCUUGUUCUUUGAUAGUUGGGAUUUCGUUAAGAAGUCAAGGACAGAAAAGUCUGGGAAGGUCAAGAACGGAGGCAGAACAGCGUCAUAAAAUAAGGAGCGCCACGAAUGGUGGUGAAAAAGAUUUUGAUGCUGAUGAUGUCUAGCAGCAAUAUUUUAUUGCACUUCACUUUCCUUGUAUUCGUCUCUACAACAAAUGCAGUGAUUCCUAACAAAACGUCACUUGGAAUCAUAACAGACCCUUAUGAUGCUCUGCACCUAUCUGUGAUCAAGUACACCAUUGACAAAAUAAAUCGAGAUGGGAAAAUCUUACCGAAUACAACGCUAGAAGCAAUCAAUGUGACCUUGUCCACAGAUGACGCACUGGCUAAUAUAAUCAAACUCAUGGACAAGGACACCAUCGCUUUAUUCGAGGGAACGCCUCCGCAAGUGCCGUCUGAAAUCGCAGCAGACAUCCUCAAUUCAACAACAACAGCGCUUGAUCGUUUCGAUUGUGACAGGUUGUCCCAAGUUGAGGACUACUCAAUGUGCGACCAUUUUUUCUCGCUAUAUCAAAACCUUGAGACGAUAAACAAGGCUGUUGUCGAGUUGCUUUCAGGCAUUAACGUAACACAAGCUGUUAUUGUGUAUGAUGUUUUGAGAUCGAAACAAGUGAGCAAUUUUCUGGAUUUGUCAAGUGAUGUCUUAAAAAAGUACCAGCUGAUAUAUCUGAACUUUGGCAGAGACUCUCAACUGACGUCACACUCCUUGCAAGAUCUUCGGAGUAUUUGGGGUUUUAACAUAAAGACUGUCAUCCUUUUCGUCGAUUUUGGCAGCAUGGAGCUGAUUAUGGAUAUCGUCAAUCUCUAUUGUUCUUGCGCAACGUCUUCAGAGAGCAUGCUUUGGGUCCUACCACUUGUGAAUUCAACGCGAUACAACGCCAAUCCAUUGGACAAGGUCGUAGCCCUCAGAAUGAAACUCGACAGGGGUAAAGCUUACAAGGACCUCUUAUCAAAUAUUCGAGAUUCAGCAGACUUUAUGGAAUACGAUUUACCGGAAUCUGCAGCUUUGCUGCAUGAUGCCAUCAUGUUGGCGGCUGCAGCUACAGAACACGUGAUUUCAAACAACCAAUGGGCGCUCCAGGCAACAAAGGGAAACAAUGGUCUGUUUCCUAAUCGCACAGCAAAUGCCGGGUUGGUUCGAGAAGCAAUGAGCAAAGUCUCAAUACAAGGACUCACGGGAUCGGCUUCAAUAAAGCCAAACGGAGAACGGAACCAAACCGAACUUGAAAUACUAAUGCUACAGAAGGAUACCUUUGAGCGGAUUGGCACCUACACAACAGCAGGUGGAGCAACGAUAACCGGCAACGUCAAGCAGAACAGGCCUCUGAGUACAACAGAAAUAGCCCACAAAACUCUUAGAGUGGUGGCAAUACAGCAAGAGCCAUUUGUCUUCAUAAAUCAAAAUGGAGGAAACGAUAGUUCGUACAAUUUCACAGGCUACAGUUUCGAUUUGUUAACAAGACUUUCCACUCUGUUGAAUUUCAAAUUCACGAUACACAGAGCCAAAGGAAACGAUAUUAACAGUUUAAUACAAGAGCUUGCUGAUGAGAAAGCUGACGUUGCAUUGAAUCCACUCGUUGUAUCGGCAAGUCGCCAGAAAUCAUUAAGUUUCACUAAGCCUUUCAUGCAUUUCUCAGUCGGUUUGCUAGUAAAAAAGCAGGAAGAGAAAGAGCUUGAUUUGACACAGUUCAUGUCACCGUUCACGAUUCCUGCUUGGCUACUGCUCAUCUCAAGCUGCAUUGUCGUCACAUUGAUAGUCUAUGUAUUAGAUAAACAUAGUCCUUAUGGCUGGCGACAAACGCAACAAGCACAGGGAGAAGAUGGAGAUGAAUUCAGCUUAUUUAACAGUUUGUGGUUCUGCCUGGCUUGCAUGUUGGCGCAGGGCGCGGACAACACCCCCAGAAAUCUUUCAGGUCGAAUACUUGCUGGUUGCUACUGGUUUUGUGUUUUGAUUUGGAAUGCAACAUACACAGCUAAUCUCGCCUCGUUUCUGGUUUUAAAGAACAGCGAAUUGCCAGUGGCAUCUUUGAACGAGGCUGUGGCAAAGAACUAUGAUAUGAUAUUGCUCAACGACAGCGCUAUUGCAAAAGUCAUUGAAAGCUCUAAGAACAGCCUUUACAAGGAGGUCUGGGAGAAAGCAACGAAAGUGAACGCUUUCGAGACGUCACAUUCAAAUGCAGUCCAAAGGGUGCGUGAUGGAGAAAAGCAAGCCUUUAUAGCAGAAGAGCCGUUUCUCAAUUACCAUAAGGGCAGGAAGAAAUGCAUUUUAGUUACAAUUAACAACGUUCUUCAGCCAAUGAGCUUUGCAUUUGGCCUGCCUCUCAGCUCGAAAUACACGCAUGCAAUGUCUCUUGGGAUACUUCGGCUUCAGGAACAGGGGGUCACAGAUUCCUUUGAAAGGAAAUGGUGGGAAUACCAAAAUCAAUGUCCAAAAGAAACCAACGCAGUUUCACAGUCUCGUUUGGACGUCAAGGAAAUGCUUGGUGUGUAUCUGGUACUGUCUGCGGGCAUUGUCAUAUCCGUGAUAAUGGUUGGUGUAGAAAUUUGGUGGAAGAAAAGCUUGGGAAAGAAAUUCAAGGCGUUUGUAGAAAAACGAAAAAGAAAAACCGCAACCAAAAUUGAUGUGCUAGAGAACCCAUCAGCAGUAGAAGGAAAAGCUUAGGAGGACACAGCAUUCAAUCACUGACGUAUCAUGAAAGAUAAAAGGACGAUUCCCGAGGUUUCGUCAAAGAAUAGUAAAUUUUUUAAAGAGAAUGAAAUUGCGUUGGUUCCAGGCGGUGGAAUGAAAUAGGUUGGUUCAAGGCCACUCAUUGGAAAUGAAGCUGGAAGGAAAGUGUCGGUGGAUGAAUUAGGGGACUGGAAAAUAUAAUAUGUUGAAUAGUACUUGUAUUCAAUCUUUAAAGGAUUAGUAUUUAUGCUGAAAUAAGCAAGAAACACACUUUAGCUAAAUAGUAACUUCAUUAACACUAAACCAGCAAAAUUCAAAUGAAAUUUGUAAAUUAACUUGCGAGACACGUAAAUAUAUUUACACUUUUGCAAACAACUAUUGGUAGUGAAUGAAAACAACUAAUGUGAUAAUGAUUCUGUAUUGAAUGAAUCUAUGCAUAUUUGUAAAUACUAACACUAAGAAAACAAAGCAGUGAAAAUG